AUGACAAAAAAUUUCACAAAUCGUAUUGCAGUGAAGACGAGUGGAGUAGAUGUGCUAAACUUGAAGAUACUUUCUGAGAUUGUAGCCAGUUUUGUGGGUGAUUCAGGAGAAGCAGAGGAAGUUUGCUAUAAAGACGAGUCAUUUUAUUGCGUAACAUUCAAGAAAGUGGGAGAUGCUGAGAAAUUCUACGAUGAGUGCAAUGGAGUUCAACUGGAUAAGACUGAAGCCACUUUGACUCUCUUUGUGGUACCAGAUGAAGUUGAAUUUGCAUAA